AUGGGCGACGCGUCACCUCCAGCUCCAGGAGAUCAUACGCAUCAAAUACCAGCUCAUUUCCACCGCUCACCGGUUACCCACGCCUCCCCGCGUUUACCCCAUGCCAUCGCCCAUCGAGGGUUCAAAGGCCAGUAUCCCGAGAACACUAUACUCUCAAUCGAUGGCGCAAUCCGGGCAGGGGCUCACGCCCUCGAGCUCGACCUUCAUAUCUCCCGCGAUGGGAUCGUGGUGUUAUCACACGACCCAACCCUCAUGCGCUGUUUCGGCAUCAACAAGAAGGUCAGCGACUGCGACUGGGAGUAUUUAAAAACUCUACGAACUCUACAAGCUCCCCAUGAGCCCAUGCCCCGGUUGAUCGAUGUGUUGGAAUACCUAAGCCAACCAGGUCGGGAGAAUUUCUGGAUCUUGCUAGACAUAAAGCUCACCAAUGAACCCUUCGCUAUAAUGGAACUGGUCGCCAAAACGAUCGAAUCAGUCCCUCUACCAGCGAACGGACCCGACUGGCACCGACGAAUCAUUCUCGGCUGCUGGUCUGCACGAUACCUACCCGCGCGAGCGAAAUACCUGCCGCGGUAUGCAGUAACACUAAUCUGUGUCGACUUGAGCUAUGCGCGUCAAUUCCUCCAAGUACCCCUUAUAUCCUUCAACAUCAACCAGAAGGUCUUGAUGGGCCCGCUGGGACGAGGAUUCCUGGACGAGGCGCGCCUAGCCCGCCGCCAAGUCUAUUGUUGGACGGUGAAUGCACCGAAUCUAAUGCGUUGGUGUAUCCGACACGACAUCGACGGUGUGAUCUCCGACGAGCCCGGACGAUUCCGACAGGUCUGUCAAGGGUGGGAGAAGGAACGUUCGGGUGUAUUGGGUAUCCCGAAUCUCAAUUUAGAUCGGCUCACUUUGAGACAACGUAUCGAGAUCAUCGCUGCGACGCUCUAUGUCAUUUGCUUUGGCUGGAUCUUGAAGCGGAUGUACCUUACUCCGGUUGCUCAACUGGAGUUUGAGGAUCACAAGUCGAAAUAG